CGCGUUCCACAGCCAGCAGCUCCCGCAGCCAUGGACCAAACGGGCAGCUCCGCUCUAGCCUCCCCAACCCCCUCACCGCCGCCGGAGCCGGCGCCCGAAGCACAGGCACCUCGUCCUCCUCCCCCUCCCCCAUCACAGCUUCCGGAUUUCGACCCCUCUCGCCUUUCGCCGGAUAACCCAACCCCAGCUCCUCCCCUUCCUGCUGCACCUACAAUUACUGCCCCGCCGCCGGAUGGCGCCGGCGAUUCCUCUCCGGCGUCGUCUCCCUCGCCUCCGAAGGCCCCAACGCCGCCACCACUUGCCACCACCGAUCUUUCUCCUCCCCUCCCUACUGGGAACCAAGCACCAGCACCGCCGCCACCACUUCCCACCACCGAUCUUUCUCCUCCCCUUCCUACUGGGAACCAAGCACCAGCACCGCCGCCACCACUUCCCACCACCGAUCUUUCUCCUCCCCUCCCUACUUUGAACCAAGCACCAGCACCGCCGCUGAGGCCCCCUCCUCCUCCUCCGUCUCGCCCACCACCACCACCUCCACCAGCGCCGGCGUCUCCGAAGGCCAAAUCGGACCAGGAGGCAGAUGAAUCGGCCGGCGAAUCGGAGAACACGACGCUAGCCCUUGCGCUAACCCAAGCCGAAGAGGUGGUGCCGCAGAAGGCGGCGGCCGCUGAAUCCCCGGCCGGAUCGCCGCAGAAGGAAUCAGCCCUGACCAUCGCGAAGCUCCUCUCGGGCGAGGACCCCGCAGCAAAGGAGGCGAAGACGGCGACCGACAAGGUAGCGCCUGCUGUGGUCACCGAGCCAGUCGCCGGCGGUGGCGGCGGCGGUGGCGGCGGAGUGGGUUCCAAGAGAUGGCUCCUGCGCGGGGUCUCAGGGAAAGGGCGGCGCACGGAGCUGCAGAAGGCCGAGCUAGGGUUUAGGGUUUCAGCAGCCGUCUUCUGCCUGGUCUCGCUCUCCGUCAUGUCUGCUGGUACUACUCCGGGCUGGGCUGGCGACUCCUUCCGCCGCUACAACGAGUACAGGUACAUGCUUGCUGCGAGCGUGAUGGCUUUUACAUACUCGGGGUUCCAAUUAGUUGCAGAAGUGAACUACCUUGUCACGGGGAGGCGCAUAAUUGGAGGCCCCUGGGGCAACUACUUCAGUCUUGCAAUGGAUCAGAUACUGGCUUACCUGCUGCUGUCAGCCUCUUCAGCAGCGCUUUCCCGCAGUGAUGUUUGGGUGUCUAGAUUUGGCGUGGAUCAGUUCGCUAAACUUAUCAACUCCUCAGCCUCGAUGGCGUUCCUGGCUUUUAUCGCUCUUGGUCUCAGCUCCAUCAUCUCUGCUCAUCGUGUCUUUAGCUCAGCCUCUUAGAACCUGAUGAUAUGCAUUAGCUGAUGUAAAUAUUAUGGUCUAGAUGAACGUCUGGCAUUGGCAGCCUUGAUUUUUUUUCCUCUGUGGCUUGUCACUUGUUCCACUCGUAUUCUCAGCAGCUUGU